AUGUCUGCAAAACUACCUGAAUUCACAGACAAUGAAUAUCCUCCUGAUUUAGAAUUAAGGCUUUUGCAAAUUGUCCACAGACAUGGCGAGCGCUCGCCUGUGAGAAGAAGACUUGAGGGCAUCAUUCCACCAGUCUGGAAUCUUUGUGACGCCAAUGCAAGCAUGUUCGCCACCAUUGCCAAAUUCAAAGAUGAUAAGAUUCAGGGUAUGACAUCUGUGCAUACGGAACGUCUAGUCGAAACCCAAGAAAGCGAAAGCCGUUCUGUACCAAUCAAACCUGGCGCAUGUUAUUAUGGCCAAUUGACCAAUUUGGGGAGAUAUAGAAUGACAACCCUAGGCAACCGCAUUAGAGAGGUGUAUAUCAACAAGCUUCAUUUCUUGCCUGAUGUGUAUGAUGAAGACGCCAUCUAUUUAAGAAGCAGUGAUUAUAUUCGUACACAAGAGUCUGUUCAACAACUCGUCGCUGGUGGACUCUAUCCCAAGGAUAAAAGAUCUCAAGAUGUUACCCUGAAACUUCGAAUUAGAGAUCCAAGAGAUGAUCUUAUGUUUCCCAAUCCCAAUUGCUAUCGUCUUCGCUCUUUGUCAAAGGAAUUCAACAAGACUGUGUCUUCAAUGAUGCAGGACAAGUUCAAGAGUCUUGGCAAGAGGCUCUCAAAUUAUGUGGACAGUGUAUCUCUUGUUAGUCAUCCUUCUGCAAAUGGUAUUUUAGAUACGCUUAUUGCAGCAAAGGUUCAUGGAUUUGAGUUGCCAUCUGAUAUUGACGAUGGCAUCUUGAGAGAUUUGGAGCAAGUGGUCGUCAAGGAAUGGUUCUAUGGACAUAUGGCAUCGGCUGAAGUGCGCAGACUGGGUCUGGGCAGACUUAUGGGUGUCAUUCGAGACCGUAUGAGUCUUCGAGAGAAGGGUGGUGCCAAUGAUGACGAGAAGCUCAAAUUGGCGAUUUACUCUGGUCAUGAUACCACGGUCGCUCCACUUUUGAUUAUUCUAAAUGCGUUCGACGAGAGAUGGCCACCAUUUGGAUCCGCUAUUUUGUUUGAACUGUUUAAGCACAAGGAGUCGGAUCAGCAUUUUGUUCGAGUCAAAUACAAUGAAAAUACACUCGAGUUACCUGGAUGUCAAGCCAAGGGAGAUCACAAACAAGGCGAUAAAUCACUGUGUACAUUUGAGGCAUUCAAGAGAAUCGUCAGAGAUCAAGUGCCAGCAGACUGGGAAAAAGAAUGCGCAAUUUAG